CCUAUGCUGAGGCUCACAGCCCCGCGCGCGGGCGGGCGCCGUGGAUGCGCUUGAGCUGGACUGGACUGGACUGACUGACUGACAUUGUCCACUCGCUCCCGAAAACAGUGAGCCGAAGGGGUGUCCGUCCUGUCGCAUGUGCUUGUGUGUGUGUGUGUUUGUGUCUGCGCCUGCGUGUGUGAAGCCUCCGUCUUACUCCCACCGCACGCAUCGCGACAGCCGGCCAACACCAAGAACACCAUCAUGAGGUCCGUCGCGCUCAAGACGGUCGCCGCCGCCGCGGCCCUCGUCGCCGGCUCGGGCUCGCUCGUCGUCGACGCCGCGCUGCCGCCGCAAAAGUGCACCGCCGGCCCCGCGCUCAAGCACUGGCCGCCCGCCGCAGCCAAGGCCCUCAACGCCAUGAUCGCCCGCAACGCGCACAAUGGCAGCUACGCCGUCUUCGACAUGGACAACACGAGCUACCAGUUCGACCUUGAGGAGUCGCUACUGCCCUAUCUCGAGAACAAGGGCGUCCUCACCCGCAACACCAUGGACCCCUCGCUCAAGAUCGUGCCUUUCAGGGACACGCCCUCCCACAACGAGAGUCUCUACAGCUACUACAACCGCCUAUGCGCCAUUGAGGACGCCGUCUGCUACCCCUUUGCGGCGCAGGUCUUUAGCGGCAUCCCCUUGCGUGACCUCAAGCGCCACGUCGACGACCUCAUGGCCCUCAACGGCACCGUCCCUACCACCAUGUUCGACGGCGACGACAAAGUCGUCAAGACAGAGGUCAGCCCGCCCAAGGUCUUCCGCGGCCAGGUCGAGCUGUACAACAAGCUCAUGAACAACGGCAUCGACGUCUACGUCAUCAGCGCCGCCUCCGAGGAGCUCGUGCGCAUGGUCGCCUCAGACCCCAAGUACGGCUACAAUGUGCCCCCCGAAAAGGUCAUCGGCGUCAGCCUGCUCAUGAAGAACCUGACGUCGGGCGCCGUCACCGCCGCCCGCAAGCAGAUCGCCGACGGCGACUACAGCGAGAGCGCCAACCUCGAUCUCGUCAUGACGCCCUUCCUGUGGACGCCCGCCACCUGGAAGACAGGCAAGUGGGCUGCCAUCCUAUCCUAUAUUGACGAGUGGAAGCGCCCCAUCCUCGCCGGCGGUGAUACGCCUGAUAGCGACGGGCCCAUGAUCUUCCACGGCGUCGACGUCGAGCGCGGCGGCAUUCACCUCUGGAUCAACCGCAAGGAAAAGUACUGGAAGCAGAUUAACGAGAUGCGCACCAACUUUGCCGCCGCCCAGAGGCGCGAGGGCGUUCCCGUCACAGCCGACAAGAACUGGGUCGAUGUCACGCCCAAAGAUAUUCUGUAGGAUAGCCAGCCUCGUAUAUUCUCUAUAAGAAUUCAAGUACAUAUG